AAAGAAAGAAGACCGUUCCUCGUCAUUUGUGCCCACCCUUUACCACACUCCUUCCUACUCUAACACCCUCUCUCUCUCACUCUCUCAAACUAUUCUGUCUCUCACAAACUCCAAGUUGCUCCCCCAGACCUUACUCUCACAGCAAGUCCGACAACGACGUCUUUGGAAUUGAUCACUCUUCGCUUUCUCUCUCUAGAUUGCAAACGAGAGGACUGUAAAAUAUUGCAAACUUGAAAGAGUUGUAGAUAUAUAGAGGGAGUAGAGAGAAAAAGAGAGAUUAGCUUGGAUUUUGGGCAACAAUGGUUGCUGGGAAAGUAAAACAGGCAAUGGGUCUCCAAAAAUCACCUUCCAAUCACAAACCAGACGCCUCUCCGAAGCUAACAUGUCCAUCGCCCAGCUCGGGUGCCAAGGUAAACCAGAAGGGGGCUAUGUUCUCUCGCUCAUUCACCAAUUACUUCCCACGCUCCUCCGCUCAGGUCCAGCCUCGGCCGCCGGACGUGACGGAGCUCCUCCGUCUCGUGGAGGAGCUCCGCGAAAGAGAGUCUCGCCUGAAAACACAACUCCUAGAACAAAAGCUUCUAAAGGAGUCCGUAGCCAUUUUGCCGCGUCUCGAACACGAGAUCUCGUUGAAAGACGCAGAGAUUGAUCGCUCUGAGAAGAAAAUCGAUUGCUUGGAAGCAGAGAACGACCGAUUGAGACAAGAAUUGGAGUUUUUGCACUCCAAAAUAUCGGAAUUGAAGGAUUUGAAUGAGAAGAAAUUGAAGGUAAUGGAAGCAGAGAUUGCAGAUUUGAAGAAAGCAUUAACAGAGCAAAACAGAGUAGAAUCGAGAGGACACUGGAACAAUGAAAUUACGGAUAGUGAUGAGUUGUCAUCUUCACAGAGGUUCUUUCAAGGUUUGAUUGAUGGGUCUGUGAAGUCAAAUCUGAUGAAGAACGUUAGAAAAGGGGCGAAAUUUACCGACAUUGGUGCGAGUCCUGAGAGUAGCAGCAAGAAUGUGGUUGUGGAAACAGAGAGGCCAAGACAUUCUCGUUGUGACUCAGAAGAAAUUGCAGAGAUCUCUGAAUCUUCUAUUUCAGUGAGGUCUCGAGUGCCUAGGGUUCCGAAACCACCUCCAAGACCAUCUUCUUCUUCGUCUUCAUUGUCCUCAUCUUCAUCUUCCUCACACGGUACUUUAAGCAUAUCAGCGGAGAGAGCAUUGAAUGAAUCGUCACCGGUUCCACCUCCGCCACCAGUGAAAUCGGUGCCUCCACCUCCCCCUCCGCGGCCGCCAAUGGCUGCCCCACCUCCUCCUCCGCCACUACCGGCGAAGGGAAUGAAGUCUGUGCCAACAAAGGUUAGGCGAGUGCCGGAGGUGGUGGAGUUCUACCACUCACUGAUGAGGAGGGAUUCUCGUCGGGACUCCGCCGGCGGCACAUCCGACUCUCAGGCGACGACGGCCAACGCCCGUGACAUGAUCGGCGAAAUUGAAAACCGGUCAGCUCAUUUGCUCGCAAUCAAGACAGACGUAGAAACACAAGGUGAUUUCAUUAGGUUUUUGAUCAAAGAAGUUGAGAAUGCUGCAUUCACAGACAUUGAAGAUGUUGUACCUUUUGUUAAAUGGCUUGAUGAUGAGCUCUCUUACCUGGUUGAUGAAAGAGCAGUGCUGAAACACUUCGAAUGGCCGGAAAAGAAGGCCGAUGCAUUGCGGGAAGCAGCAUUCGGGUAUUGUGAUCUGAAGAAACUUGAAUCGGAGGCUUCACCCUUUCGUGACAAUGCUCGCCAACCUUGUGGCUCUGCUCUCAAGAAAAUGCAGGCUUUGUUUGAGAAAAUAGAGCAUGGAGUUUACAAUCUCUCUCGAAUGAGAGAAUCAGCUACUAAGAGAUAUAAAGUAUUUCAAAUUCCAACGGACUGGAUGCUUGACACUGGAUUCGUUAGUCAGAUCAAGCUGGCAUCUGUUAAAUUAGCCUUGAAGUACAUGAAAAGAGUGUCUGCAGAGCUUGAAACAAUUGAUGGUGGUCCCGAAGAAGAAGAGCUAAUAGUUCAAGGGGUACGGUUUGCGUUCAGAGUACAUCAGUUUGCUGGAGGUUUCGAUGUGGAAACAAUGAGGGCAUUCCAAGAGCUGAGGGACAAAGCCAGAUCAUGCCAUAUACAAUGCCAAAACCAGAACCAACAGAAAAUUGUAUGCCGGUCCACGGCUUGCUAGUUCAUCUGUAGCAAUCUCAGCUUCAAAUAUGGUACCGGUUUUUUUGUUGUAAAGAUGGAACAAACAAACACCUCAGGGUGUCGUCUGUGAAUACGAUGGCCACGGCCUCUAUGCAUUCAGAUUUAUUUAUAAGCUAUAUAAUUUAAUUGACGAAA